GUUAGCAAACAAACGCCUGCACUUGCAUCAUAUAUCCCGCCAAUAUACGUUAAUCCUCCUCUUCCUCCCCCGCCUACUCCUACUCCCGCUUUCUUGGAGUUGCUCUCCCGUGGUCAAGGGCUUGGAGAUCUGUCCAUGUUCUACAAUGCCUUGGUGGCUUCGCAAAUCAACCUCACACUCAUCGGCAUUGUCGGUGGUGGGAAGGUGACGGUUUUCGAGCCAAACAAUGGCCCUAUUGCCAUGCUCAGCGAGAAAUUGAACCUCUGCUUGGACACACAAUGCAGCAAGAUAGAAGUGCUGACUCAGAUCCUGCUCUUCCAUCUUGUAGUUGGCGGUAACUACACUGCAGCGGAGUUGACGGACCUUAGCAAGCUUACCGCUGCCUCCGGAAUGCCCAGUGAUUUGGUGACUCUCGGCGACGGGACAAUCAUGGUGGAGGGCCCCGCUAAGCAGAUCAUGCUCGUCUACGAUUACCCUAGUCAUGAAUUAAACGCAUUGGGAGUGCAUGUGGACAUUUGUAUAAGUAAAUCCAAACGGGAAGCAACAGGGUAUACUGUAUCAGCACUGAGGAUGCGAGAUGCUGAUAAGGUUGCCAAAGAGGCUGCAAAACCAAAGCGGAAGGUUGCCAAAGGGGGGACCAUGGAGAAAACCUUGAUCUAUGAGCCUUCAGGGGCUGCCCAAUCUGAUGAUGAAGGGGACGGCGCAGCACCAACAAGACCUUCCAACCUUCAGUUCUCAUCUGCCUCCUCGAAGAUCUUCCCGGUCGAAAAGGGGUUUUUCAUGGAUUAUGGAGAGGAUGGGAAAAUGAACACAAACACUUAUUUUUGCACAGUUAUAUUGGACAUGAUUUUGGAUAUUCCAGCCCAUGAACGCGGCUAUAACCACCGUGGACUGAACCCUCUUCACGUAGAGGACAUAGAAAGCGCGAUGGAGAGGUCUGUGUUGGAGAAGUUCGAUCAUAGUAAGCCUAUUUAUUCGAAACCGACAUUGAUAUUAGUACCCCUACACAAUAAGCCCACUGUUGAUCCAAUCACAGGUCAGAGUUGUAGGGCCAUAAGAGUCACACCUGAGAAGUUUCGGGUAGAUCAAGUUGAUAGGUAUUACUGGUACCCUCUGAGCGGCCAACAUAACGUUGAGGCGGCCAGACUCUUCAUUGACAGACGGCGUGAUUUACUGACAGACCUGCGUGUAGAUUACUGGACUGCAAGGCCUGUGCAUUUCCCAGAUGAGCAUGAGGACAAUUAUCAGCAACUCAGUACAUACGAAAACUUGAAAGACAAGAUGGCUAUUCCUCCUCCACAACGCUUUAUUGUGACGGCGAUAAAACAGACAUAUAAGGAUUGGGGUUGCCCACAAGUGGGCCUUGGCAUCGCAGUGCGUGGACCAGCGAAGGAUAAGAAAAACAAGUACGAAGAGUUUGCAAAAGCGGCACUUCGACAGACAGGCAGCUCGAAGAACUGGGAGUUGUCACAAGGGACAUGGGAGAGGAAGUGGUCAGGCAUUCUGGCCCCUUACAUGGUCCUUGCAAAGGCGACGGAUGAUGUUUGGGAGAAGGUCAUGAAGGUGUAUGAUGCUUGGGAGAGAAGGGACUUGCCAGGACGUGAUGGCAUUCUUCCUCGGCGUAAGAUUGACACUGUUGGAAGAACUUCCAAAGCAGGUCCAGGAUCUUAUGAAGAAAAAGAUAGGAGGAUUGCAGUGAAUUGGGUUCCAAGAACCGGGGGUGCUAAUCAUUUUGUGGCAGUGCGUGAUCCAGAUGUGCAUGUAUGGAAAACCAUAACAACUCUGGGUAGACGAGAGCGUAUCCAAGCUCUCACUGAUCUCAUAUCUGGGUUCGUCAUCCUCUCUCCCAAAACGAGUGUUAAAGCUGAGAAUGCGGGGCUGCAGGGAAUGGAUGUGUAUGUUGAUAACAUCAAGAAAGACAGAGCGAUGUUAAGACUUUUUCAUUAUUUUCGUUGGGAACAGUCUCAUGACGACCCACAACAGAGGCCACCAUGGAAUGACGAAUUUUUCAAAGAUUUAUGCAUCAUUUUAAAGGAAUUUGAGUCGGAGGGUCUUACUUGGGAAAAAUGGGCAGUCAAUAGAAAUAAGUAUUUCAAGAAUAGUAAUUAUGUUGAUAGGUUUCCUAAAAAGUUGGGGGGAGAGAAUGUGAAGGCGGUAGGUGAGACAGAAAAACUUGCGCAAGAGUGUCCAGCGGGAUUUAGGAACUUCGUUGAGCGAAUUUUCGACAAGUCGAAGCAAAGAGGAUGUGAGAGUAUUCGACUGUCAGGGCUGGCAAAACACAUCCACUUUAAGAAACAAAAUUGUAUAUCUGUCUUUGUGCCUUUCUGGUUUAAGGCGCAUGGAGUUCCAAAUGACGAGGGAGACGCCGCAGAUGUUCAACGUGCUAUGAAGCAUUUUGAAUGUCAUGUUGCAAUAUUGGACUUGUGUCACCCUACACCAUUGCAUAUAUGGAUUGAUGAUGUUUUUCGCUCGGUGUACAACUUCCUUUGUGAUUUAUGCGGUGAGUAUUGGUCAUUGGUAUGUUUUUUCCCAAGAUCUUGGGAGACGACUUUCAUCCAAAGGAUCAGAGACUUCGAUAAUGUGCAUCUUGUCAUCUCCGCAUGGGCACGUCGCACUCAGCAUUCAGUGAAGCAUCCAAACAGAGUUGGAAACAUGCCACUUGGAGAGUUUGACAGAAUUUUCGUGAUCAUGUACUCCAACGAUGGUGACUAUCAUCAGAACACGAUCAACGUCCAUGAACUUGAUACAACACUUUCCAAUGAUUUGGUGAAGGGAGGGGCUUCAUCAUCCACUUCAUUUGAACCACCUCGACAGAUGAGAGCAUUCAACGAGAAGUUUGAGGAGAAGCCGUUUGCAAUGACAAAGUGAAAAAUGGCAGGGAUGGAGCCAAAGGAGAAAAAUGUGUAUGAGGGGAUGGAAAAGGAACCCAACAAAAUGGUGGAGAUGUU